GUGUUUGUGCUGUGCCACGGGCUUCUCCAGCUCUCCCAGCUCCUCUACAGUGCCAACUUCAAGAGCAGCCUCACCACCAUCGAGAAGCGCUUUGGGCUCUCCAGUCUCUCUUCAGGUUUCAUCUCCAGCUUGCAUGAGAUCGGCAACGUGGUCCUCAUCAUCUUCGUCAGCUACUUCGGCAGCCGCGUGCACCGCCCGCGGGUGAUCGGCGUGGGGGGGCUGCUGCUGGCGCUGGGGGCCUUCCUGGUGACCCUGCCACACUUCCUCUCGGACCCCUACGAGUACACCACGCUCAGCAUCGGUAACAAAAGCCAGGGGCAGGCUGAGCUCUGCUAUCCAGAGAAUAAGUUUGUGUGCCCAAACACCACCCAUGACCCCCAGAAGGAGGCCAACAGCAUGUGGGCCAUGAUGGUCAUCGCCCAGCUGCUGGCCGGGAUCGGGACUGUCCCCAUCCAGCCCUUUGGGAUAUCCUACGUGGAUGACUUCGCAGAGGCCAACAAUUCCCCUCUGUACGUUGCCAUCCUCUUUGCCAUCGCCGUGUUUGGACCAGCUUUUGGAUACUUGCUGGGAUCUGUGGUGCUGCGGCUAUUUGUGGACAUCGGGAGGGUCGACACUGCGACACUGCGCCUGAUGCCGGGGGACCAGCGGUGGAUUGGAGCCUGGUGGCUGGGGCUGCUGAUCUCCUCAGGCUGCUUGGUGCUCACCUCCAUCCCUUACUUCUUCUUCCCUCGGUACAUGCUGAAAGGAGAGGACCGGAACGGGGAGGCUGGAAUGCUCAGGAAGAUGGAGACAGGGGCAGCUGAAGAGACCUCCCUGCUGGAGUUUAUAAAAAGAUUCCCGAAGAUCUUCCUCAGGCUGCUGCUCAACCCCCUUUUCAUCCUCCUGGUGCUGGCUCAGUGCAGCUUCUCCUCGGUCAUUGCGGGUCUGGCCACUUUCCUCAACAAAUUCCUGGAGAAGCAGUACGGUGCCUCCCCCUCCCAGGCCAACUUCCUCAUAGGAGCCGUGAACCUGCCGGCAGCAGCGCUUGGGAUGCUCUUAGGAGGGAUCAUCAUGAAACGUUUUGCCUUCUCCCUGCGGGCCAUCCCCCGCUUCGCUGUGGUGGUGCUCAUGUUCUCCAUCCUCCUCUGCCUCCCCAUCUUCUUCAUGGGCUGCUCCACAGGGCACAUCAAGGGCAUCUACCCCCACAGUACACUGAGUUCCCAGCAGCAGGUUAAGGAGCCGAGUGGGUGCCGCUGCUCCAAGCACAUCUUCCACCCGGUGUGCUGGGAAAACAAGGAGGAGUACAUCUCGCCCUGCUUCGCUGGCUGCACCAGCAGCACCAUCAAUUCCUCCAACCCCAACCAAGUGAUCUACAAGAACUGUUCCCAGAUCCCUCCUGGGAAGGAGCUGUACUCAGGCUCCUGUCCGCUCAGCUGCUCUGACAUGCUCUUUCCUGCCAUAUUCCUCAUCUCCUUCGCUGCCCUGGUCGCCUGCCUGUCCCACAACCCCCUCUACAUGAUGGUGUUACGGGUGGUGAACCAGGACGAGAAGUCGUUUGCCAUCGGCGUCCAGUUCUUACUAAUGAGGCUGCUGGCCUGGCUGCCAGCCCCAGCCAUGUUCGGAGCGCUCAUCGACUCGUCCUGCAUCUACUGGCAGCAGCAGUGCACCCAGCGCCGGUUCUGUGCCUACUACAACAACAACUUCCUCCGCAACAGAUACCUGGGGCUGCAGGUGGGCUACAAGGUGGUGGGCACCGUCCUGCUCGCCCUCAUCAGCUGGAAGGUGAAGAGGAGCAAGGAGUACAACGUGCAGGAGAAGGCAGCGGGGCUGGUGUAG